CGAGCUCUUCAUGCGCUGUGGAACGGUUCUUUGCGAUUUUUUGCCAACCCAUAUUUGCUCAAGUUAACAUAACAAACAAACAAGGGCCUUUCGGAUGACUCAAAAAGCUUACCGCUGAAAUUUCGAGCCUGAUUUGAUGGUGUUCACAGGGAUUUGAACUAUUUCACCGCCUAUAUAGGUUCUUUUCCAGAAGAAAGGUUGUGCCCCAGUCGAAGUCCAGAACGAGCCGGAAAAAUCCCCCCAACGUCAAAGCUUCAUUCAACAUGACGAUCCGCGACGACCAUGCCUAGUACAUCCAACCCCCAGCUUGGCCGCCAGCUCUGGGCGGCCAUCCGGGAUUCCAUCGACAUUUCCUCAGUUUGGAUUCGGUUUCCAGUCAGGACACAGGCUGCGAGAUCUCGCUUCCACCAUCGACCAGAAGAAGCGCUGAGGUCGCUACAACAAUCGCCAUUCUCCUCCGCCAAACGAUCGUUUCACACUUCAAAUACAUCACGGCAACGGACGACAUCUACGAUCUACACGAAGCAUUCGCCAGCACACAUUAAACGUAACUGCACCUCGGGAAGCUUGCUGCUCCUGGGCCUAGAAACCCCAACAAGCCCUUCGACGCAGACGACCGUCACGACAUGCGCUGGGGCAGCUGCCGACUCUGUGCUGCUGGCCUCUGGCGGCAGCUCCAAGCCUAGCAUAAGUGCACUGGCACGCCAAGCAUGGCGCCGUAACGUACAUACAGGCCGGGGAGGUCAGCAAACCCCCCGUAAUGACCAGCCAAAGACUAGCAACGACGAUGUCAAGUCAUCAACCGGAAAGGAUGGCGUUUCUGCAACAGGUUCAAGAGACGGCCCCAGCUCUGUCAAGUCCUCGGAUCAGGCGAAUGCUAGGCCUGAUCUCAAAUCAGAAGCAAAUCCAGCGCCACAUGAGGAGACUCUGACUGAAUCCAUGUCAAAGUAUUUGCAUAUGCCCAAGAUGCCUCACAGACCAACCAAGGAAGAGCUACUAGCCGCGGCCAACGGUUUCUUCCAGCGUCUCAAGGUUCGCUUCAAAUGGCUAUCCAUUAGGAGUAUGCGACCGUACAACGCCGACGAGUGGGGGGCGUUCGUAUCUUGGUUCAUGCUGGGUCACCUGGUUUGGAUUCUAGUUGGAACAACCACAUUUUUCUCGCUGAUCAUCCUGUUUGUGAACACGGUCUUUGCACAAGAAACUCUUGCAAAAUGGAUUGGUGACUACCUGACCCAAUCCGCUGGUGUGACAGUGGUAUUCGAGUCCGCCAUCGUGCCCAAAUGGAAGGAUGGUGUGAUCACUUUCCGAAAUGUCUUCAUUUCACGCAGACCGGGACAGAGCAAGUCUUCUGUCAAGAAAGGCUCAUCGACAAGUGCUGCUGCUGUAGCUGCAGCUAGGCAAACUCAGCCGUCAGAAGAGGAUGACGGUAAUUACACGCAGUUCGACGUUACUAUCAACACAGUAAACGUCACCCUAUCGUUUUAUAAGUGGUGGAACGGCACAGGACUUCUGAAGGACGUAGAGGUCAAAGGAGUCAGAGGGGUAUUGGAUCGGACAUCGGUCCGCUGGUCAGACGGGCCGCAUGAUCCCUUUUCAUAUCGGCACGUUCACCAACCUGGCGACUUUGAGAUCGAGCACUUCAAGCUUGAAGAUUUGCUACUCACCGUGCACCAGCCUGGCGGGUUCCGCCCUUUCCCAGUCAGCAUAUAUUCCUGCGAGCUGCCUCAGCUCAGGAAACAGUGGUUGUAUUACGACUUUCUCAACGCGAACCAUUGCUCAGGUUCCUUUGAUGGGUCGCUAUUCACAAUUCAUCCUCGCCAAAUACAUGGAGUGCCCGCUGGCGAGGUAGGCGCAUCUGCAGAUCAUCUUGGCGAGGCUGGUGCUUGGAAGAAGUUCAGCAGAAUACGUAUAGAUGGAUUGAAGAUUGAUCAUCUCAACAGGGGCGUCGAGGGUCCCUUUGGGUGGAUAUACGAGGGCAACGUGGAUAUGGUGGCGGAUCUCAUGUUUCCAGCAGACGAAGAUGACUCCCUGGGCAAGGUCAUGUCGGACUUUUACGACAAAAUGGAGGAUGCAGUCACAAAGAACAGGUAUCUUCGGAUACUGGACAAGAACCACAGGGGAGAGCUUGGCGAACGAUUAAGCGAAAGAUUUUCAAGGCCUGCUACAGUACCUAUGGUGGUGCUCGAUGAAUCCAAGGGCCAUGUCUCCGAUUACACCACGGCCGAUGCCGACUUUGGCCCCUCAUCGCCCUCAUCACGAACCGAAGAACCUCGAACGCCUGAAGCUGUCGAUGAGGAGGAGCCGCCGCGCUACCUGGUGAUGGAUCUUCGCAUCCACCUGAACGAUGUUCGCGCAGCCGUUCCGCUCUUCACUCACGACAUAUCAUACAUCUCGCAGCCCCUGGUGCGGCCCAUCGUGGCCUACAUCAACGCCAAGCGCACCUACAUUCCUGUCACGUGCCGCAUAGUCAAGCGCACCUCAGACUUCAAUGGAUCCUGGACCCUCUACGACAGCGGUUUGAUGGAUGACAUGAGUGCCGAGGUGUACGACGCGUUUGCUCGUAACGUUGAGGACCAGCACUCGAGGGUCAGGAGACUGAAAAAGGUCGGCUUCUGGACGCUGAGUAUGGUUGUCCAUGCGCUCCUCGCUGGCGUCGCGGGCGAUUUAAUAUAAAAAGAAAAAGGGAACGAACAGGCCAGGACCGGGUUCCGCGCUGUGUGGGGGUAAAACAGAACCAACACAACCCCCUUCUCAGUGACUUUCGUCUUCCUUUUGGGGACUUUUUUUCAUGUAUAAUAACACAUAUAUCUCUGGAUUGUCACAUAUUUAGGUAGGCUGGGUAACAAAGGGCAUGGUCAGCGCGUGUAGAAUUGUUUUUUAUUAUAGUUGCGGCUUUUGGUCUGGUGUACAAAGAAAAUUCUUAAAUGUUUACUGAAUGUGACCUACCCUUCGAGUUAUUGGCCAUGGAAGCACACAGAUAUUCACGAAUCACGAAUCCAGCCUGUUCCGCAUGACUUGAUGUAGCUUG